GUUUGUUGUGGUUAGUUAUUCCAUUCUUCUCAUGGAAAAAACUAAGUCACUGCAUUCUGCUUUUUCUUUAAGUAUUGUGGUUUGUUGUGUUUAGUUAUUCCAUUCUUGUCAAGGAACAAAAAAAGUGUCCCUGACAUUUUUGGAGCUUUCGAGGUUAAGUUAGUGCUCUGAAUCAGAGGAGGUGAUUUAGAAUGAGUAUGAAACAGAGGUCGAAUUCAAGGAAAUUUCACCACAGAUGGAAGAGGAAGUUUUCUACUCUUAUAUUGCUCGUUUUUUGUUUUUUAAUCUUUGCAUUGAUGGAGUCACAGUGCAGUAGAAUCAAAAUGCUGAAGCUGAUCAAGCCGAGUAUGCAAAAGCCGAAAAUUGCUUUCCUUUUUCUAGCUCGAAACCGGAUUCCACUCGACAUGGUCUGGGAUGAAUUCUUUCGGGGUGAUGCAGAGAAUAGCUUUUCGAUUUACGUUCAUUCGAGGCCUGGAUUCGUGUUGAACACUAAAACAACAAGAUCAACGUUCUUCUUGAACCGCCAAAUCAAUGAUAGUAUACAGGUAGAUUGGGGAGAAGCAAGCAUGAUCGAGGCAGAGCGUAUUUUGCUUCGACACGCGCUGAUGGAUCCUUCUAAUACGCGAUUUUUGUUCCUUUCGGAUAGCUGCAUACCUUUGUACAAUUUCAGUUAUACAUAUGACUAUAUAAUGUCUGCUUCGACUAGCUUUGUCGAUAGCUUUGCUGACACAAAAGAAGGACGUUACAAUCCGAAAAUGCAUCCGGUGGUUCCUGUCGACACCUGGCGAAAAGGAUCUCAGAAAAGAUCUUUGCCUGAAUUUUGGAGGGAAAGUUCUCCGCCUACAGAUGCAUCUAAGGAACAUAAUUGUAUACCAGAUGAACAUUAUGUUCAGACUUUGCUUAAUCAAAAAGGCUUGGAAAAAGAGAUUACUCGAAGGUCAUUGACUUAUAGUUCUUGGGACUUCUCGUCUAGUCGAGAUCCUCAGAGGCGAGGAUGGCAUCCGGUGACUUAUAGAUUAGCCGAUGCUACCCAAAACCUUAUACAAUCGAUUAAGGCCAUAGAUAACAUCUACUACGAAACCGAGUAUAGAAGAGAAUGGUGCAAUAGUAAGGGGAAACCUUUGAAGUGCUUCCUUUUCGGGAGGAAGUUUACACGGCCAGCCGCUCUACGGCUUCUUAAUAUGAUAUGUUGGUCGGUUUUGGUAGUUGGAGGCCCAUUAAACGGUCAGUGGGUGGAUUGUGAGAGGCAGUUACAAUUAGUUAAUUCUCGAGCCACGUGUCCGCUUCUCCGUAAUCGCGGAAGCAAAAUUAUGGGGAGCUCCGCCGUGGUCGGCGAUUGUGUCAGUACCGCCCAAGACACGGCGGGGAAGGGGGCCACGGCCCACCGCCGGUGGGUGUUUUGUCUUGUUGUGGGCCCCGCUUCGAACGAAAUGCUCACACGCUUCUGA